CUAUCGUCGUGCGGCCUAUGAAUGGAGGACAUUGGAUCAUGUAAUGUCGCGGAGUAGCGGUUUCUAGUUCUAGUAGAUGUUCGUUGAGGUAUAAUACUCGUCUCAGUGUCCUGCCGCGGCAAGUACUUACUUGUUGGCGAGACCAGCAGGCAGCAAGUCGCGCAGAUACUAAUGGAAUGACGAAUUCCACAAGUGGUAGUGCACCGCCUCAUCUCGCAGGUGGAGGUCCCUCCCCUGCCUACAGCCCGGGUGGACAACGAGCUCCUGCUGGUGCAACUUUUCACCAGGCCGAGGGACUGACCUCGAAGAUGAUGCCCACUUCUGCCACGACAGAACAACAGGACCGCAGCACCACGACUGCCAAAAGCGCCCACUUCUACCAGCAGGAACAAAGCCAAUUAUCAAGCCAGUUGAACGCUCUUGCUGAAAACGAAAAGCUCCGGCAGCAGUUGCAAGAAGCGACGGAAGUUCGGGACCGGUUUCAAAAACAGCUCCAGCAAUCCUGCGCUUUAGUGGCCCAGAAACAGGACGAGGUGGAUGAGGUGACCAAAAAGUUGAAACAGCUGAAACAAGACCACCAGGCAGAGCUGUACCAGCAACAGCAACAGCAUUUAAAUCAACUACACCACCAGCGAAGUACUAGUAGAACUACUUUGGACGGUAGUAUAAGUGCUGCGGCUGCGGCUGCUCCGUCGGGAGUUGCAGCAGAAGUAGCUGGCACUUUGAGUUGUACUUCUGCCCCUCAUGAUGCACCACCGUUGAUCCUGUCGGAAACUGCCUCGCAACAGCAGCAGCACGAUUCGCUACUGAUGACGGCCCUCGGAAUGUAUGGAUUGCAAAAAUGUCUGUCUCUGGAAAAUUGCAACUGGUCAUGCUAUGCUAAAUCCGAAUCAUGCAAAAAUCUGUGUUGCAUGAGUGCCAAAAGCUGUCCACUUUCGACCAAGAUAGGAAGGAGUUUCUCAUGCAGGAUAGGCAUGACAGAGACCUCACAGUAGACUCUGUCGUGCUAGGUCCCGCAUUCCAGACCUCAAGGGUCAUGGAAAACCUGCAUGACAAGUUUAUACUCUUCCAGACAUCCAGGGAUAUUUGCAAUGCAUAGAGUGGACGCUUUGGCAAAUUCGGUCAACUCGGCUACUUCAAGCCAUUUAGCGGAAAUGUGCGCGGAGAAAACUUUAUGCAUUGGAAAUUAUCGUACAGGUGUUAGUUACAGUUGUACUAGUAUUUAAAAAAAUCGCAUGACAAAUAUUUUGCUCAGCAUGAGAACUGGCAUUUGUAAUGCGGAUUCGCCUUUAGUUUUGACACUCGUAGUGCAUUAAACGGGAUUAGGAUCAUUACUGCUAGUGCAGCCACUAGUACGGUACUUUUGCAGAGGAUAGGCGUCUGAAGCUGUGGUUUUACGGGAAGAGCUGCAGAAGAUGCGGGAGAAGGUACUACAGCUACAACUCACUUUAUCGCAAGAAAAAAGUGUUACAGUUACACAUUGGCUUGCAGGCAUAGCAAUACAGACAAGCUCUGUCAUUCCGCCGGACAUGCAUGGGAGCUUUGUUUCAUACGUGUCUUCGCGUGGGAUUUCUGCAAUGCAAGCUUUCUCUCUCAUGCCGAGAAACUUGUUGCGUUGCUGAAUUCACUACAAAUGUGUAACUGUAACACUUUUUUCAUGUGGUGCACUUAGGAGUAGUUUUGGCGCAGCACCACCUGCUCCUCCUGCAUUUCAUUGACUCGUCAUCAUCAGGAUUGAAGAACUGGGGUAAGAAGUGCAGUACUUUUCUGGUAGUGCGAAGAACGCAUCAUCACCUUCUCUAGACGUAGACCCUUUAAUAAAAAAACAGGAGAAAGCCCUCCGGAGUGAACUCGAAGCCUACUACGACAGGAAAUUUCAAGACUACAGCGAGCAGAAGCGCAAGCAGUGCACGGCAGUGAUUGAACAGGCAAAACAGAAUAUCACAAGAAAAAAUUGCUUCACCGGUCGUGUAGUAAACUUCUGAUGUGAAGACGGAUGUAAGAACAAGACAGAUGUGUUUGUUUUGCUGCACAUGCAAGAAAUGGAAUGAUAUCUACUAGGCGUGUAGUUUUCCCGUAGUUCUCUCGCAUGGAAAAUUGUCUUUGUCGUGUUGAGCAAACUUGUGAUGCGCAACUUGUGAUGCGAACUUGAUGUGAUGCAAACUUGUGAUGCAAAAUCCUUACACUGAAGCACUUACUUUUUCGUACGAUACAGAAGAUGCAAACAGAGGCGACGAAGCUGAAACUGAACCUCGCCGAGGCCAAGAUGAACGAAAAGAAAAAAAUCGAAGUAUCCUGAGUAGAAAACACGUCCCCACGGCGACGGCCGCAGAGUCAAGAUAACAUGGGCACUUUGCAUCACAAAACGAACAAAUCUUGUUGUGUGUUUCGCAUGUUGACAAGUUCAUCUUUGGGCUCGCAGCGUAGUGAAAAUCGUGUUUUAGCUAGUGUAGCAGUAGCUGUGUGAUGAGAAUCAGCUGCUGCUUAUCCCGGUUCUAGCAUGACCUCACCCAUCAUGAUCUUUAAACGCCACCAGUACAAAACGCUUCUCGAUCGACUGCGCUUUGCAUUUUCCAUGCAGCUUUUUUGCAUGACAAGCAGCGGUACCAGGUCGUUCGCGUGGGCCGCGACGGACGUUUUUCCACAGGAGACGAAGAAAAGCUGCAGCCGUUGGAAAUCACAAUCCAAACGCUGGAGAAAACGAUCACGAUAUGAAUUGCAAAAGUAUCGUACUCGUACAAAUGCAUGACAAAUUCCAUCAGCAUGAGAAAUGAAAUUUGUAAUGCGGAUUUACCUUUAGAAAAAAAUUUGUAAUGCGUGAUUGCAAUUACUACAACGAGUGCGUGUGCGACACUUUUGCACAGGAUGCACGACGCUGAAGUGCGAUCUGGUCGACAAGGAGAAGAAGUUGCUGUGCAAGGAAUCAGAGCUGAUGUUGAAGAACGAACAAUUUCAACAGCUGGAGGACUCCUUCCGUUUACAACUCAAGGACAACGAGGAAGCGCAGUACAGUGCAAUGGAAGCAGAUUUCAAGACACAGUUUGAGCAGUGGAAAGCGGAAGAAAGUGCGAAGCUUAUGAUCGUGAGGAAAAAUCCCCCCUCCCCAUGUAGAGUUGAAAGCGAACCGUUCUGAAAAUUUGCGAUGCAGAUUUGAGACCACCGCCACAUGCUUAUCCUGUCUGUCUUGCAUAGAAAACAAAUUUAGCGGCGGGUCCGUCGUGUCAAAAAUAUGUAGGCGAUUUGUAAUUCUGUAAGGGUUAGAGGGCAGACGUCUACCAUAGGUGGAGGCGCCUACACCAAGAAGCCUGUACUACCUAGGCUUAGGAAUAGGAUCAUCUGUUGAUCACAGGAGCGCUUCAUUUUGAUGUAGUAACGCAGGGGUUUUAUUUUUCACUUUGAUAAAGCUCCAGCACUACUACAGCGGAAUCUCGGCGGAGGAGUGCGAGCUGUUUGAGAAGAACCAGGUAUCAAAUGCAAAUAUGUCUGGGUCUGGAAGUAGAGUGCAACUUGUAAUGCUAACUUUGGACUCUAAAAAAUUCUGUAUAGCAUGAAGAGCAAGAGGACUACUCCAGUUUUUGCUAUACGGCGACGGCACUUGUCAUGCGGGAUAGGCAUCAAGAAGCCCGUAAAAAACCUGGGAUGCUAGGGCAUGCAUCACAAACAUCAUAGGUCAUGCAAAAUGUGCAUGGCAAACGUUCCACUCUUCCAGCCUCAGACAUAUUUGCAAUGCAUACCAGGUGGAAAAGUACGAAACGCGAUUAAAAAUCGCCGAACGGGAGAUCGAACUCAUGGUGAAAAAUGAGUUCGAGCAGAAAUUGGCAACCGCGAGGACACAAAUCGAGACCCAAUUUGAAGCGGCGAAAAAGGACUAUCUGCAAGCGGAGAUUCGUGUACAGACGGAAAAUUACGAGAAAGACCUGCAGCAGAGGCUGGAUGAAACGAUGGAAAUUAGGGAGAAGCAGUUGCUAUGCUUUGCAAAAGUAUCGUAUUUUGGUAGUAAUUGCAUUACAAAGUAGCUCAGCAUGAAAUCUGUCAUGCAAUUCUACCUUGGGAUCGGGAUGGAGAUUUGUCAUUAUGCAUGACUGCGAUUACUACGAGCGCGAUAUUCCUUUUGCACAGGAUAGCUGCAGUCUGGCGCGGCGAAGAACAUGGCGGAGAACGAGAAACAGAUGGAGGAAACUUUGAAUCAAUGGAAAACUGCAUACAUUCAGGAAAAAGAAGCGGAGUGCAGAAAAAUGCGGGAGAAGGUAACAUGAGGCAUGGUGGUCAUGAUCUCAUUUUUGUCAUUUGCCCGAGAUGAACAAGAUGAAGAACAAUUACUGAUGGAGCAAAAGUAGUCAGCUAAUAUGAUUUGGCUACUUUCCUCCACUGCACGCAUCGCACACUGAAACUUGAAUUCGCAAAAUUGUUUAAGAUGAUCCAUGCAAAUAGAAAUACUGAAACUAAAGGUCGAGACCCACGUGGCAGACUUUACAGACGAAAUGCAGAAGAAACUAGCGGAGAUCAAGUCCCGCGAGGAAACAGUCGAGGACCAGCAGGCCGCGCUGAAAUCUGAGACCGAGAUUUUAGGUGUGGAAAAGACCGCGAUGAGGGCUCUGAAAGACGCGUUUGAGCUCGAAAAACUUCACUUUGAAGAAGAAAAAACGGAAAUGCAGAAACAGCAGCUGCAGAGACAAAUCCAGGACCAAGACUCGUUUCAACAUGAACUGGCGAAAAUAAAGCACGAGGAGGAGCUAUGACAGUGCACAACUCCCCGUCGUUCUCAUUUCUCAUGCAAAUCCCACAAUUCCAGCUGCUCCCUUGCGAUUGCGUCACUGUUCUGCAUUACAUAUUCCGGAAGUAGCCGAAACAGUACUUCUGCAUUAGGCGUGCAAAAAAUUUGCGAUUUGUCGGCUCCACGUGUGCUGGUGUUUGUAUUGCUGUUCAUGCUAUACAAAUGAGGGCGAGACGAGGCAGAAGUUGGGCACUCUCAUAGGAACAGAAGUGGAAGGAACGGAGUUUAGUACUUCACGAGGAAAUCGCAAAGCAAAAGGAGAUAUCCACCGCAAUAAAAGUAAUAUCGGACUACUGCUCCGUAGUAAGAAGAAGAGAAAUCGUAUGCCAAACUUUUUACCUUUAUUACGCAGCAUGAAACAUAAAGACCGAUGAUGAUUUGUAUUUUUUCUGACCGCGCUUGUUUUUAGGAGAGCUCUGUGUCAUGCGAUGAAGUCAUUUUAUUUACACUUCAUUGUUACUGCAAGGAGUGCGAUGCUCCAGAUAGAUUACUUUUGCAAUGCAUACUAGAAAUUGCAGAUGGACUUCGACGAGGAAAUUUUUCAAACGUAUGACAAUGCACAACUCCCCCUCCCCCUCAUUUGUAUAGCAUGAACGGCAAUGCAAGUGUCAGCAAGAGUGCCUGUUUUGCAUUACAAAUCAUUUGCGCUGGAUUGUAGUGCUAUUUGGGCUACCAGAAGUAGUCAUGCAAACAGCUGCGACAAGCGGUACAGCCUGGAUUUGGGAUUUUGCAUGACAAAUGAGGGGGAGGAGAGGUUGAGCAGCCUCAUAAAACGAGGGAAAAGUUGAAAAACCAGUUCGACAAGGGCUUCAAAGAACAGUUUGCAAAUAUCCUGUGUAAAAACCUCCCCACCGCAGAGUUGUCAUGCAGAUGAUAAAUUACAGGAACAUUUGUAAUGCGCACCCCCAAGGGAGGCAUUUCCAAUCGUGUUUUGGCAUUUGUAAUGCUGCUAACAGGAUACGCAGAUGGAUUUGUGAUGCGGUUCUCCUUGACCUUGCUCACAUGCACUACACGACGGACUGCAACUUGUCAUGCGUGGCUCCCAAAGCUUCUGGAUUUGUGUUGCUAAGUUCCCAAUCAUUGACUAUGGGGUCGUGGGGACGUUUUUACAUAUGAUAGCAAAAAAGGAACAACAGUUGGAAAAAAACAACGAAAUUCUGGCGAAUCAAGAGCGGGAACUGCAGAAGCAAUUGCAGAUCACGAAGCAACAGCAGGAGAAAAUGAAAAACUACUGGCAGGAGAAGCAGAACGAAAUGGAACAUCAGGAGACGCAAGCGAAAGCAUAUGCACUGGAAAAGUAAUAUCGUGCUCGUGCUCGUACGAAUUGUACUGUCGUGCAUGGCAAAUUUGCCUUUGUAGUACCAGAUCCAGCAUAUGACAAGUCUUUGAUUCUUGAGGGUAUUCAAAUUUGUAAAUAUGCAAUACGUACUUUGUGCGACACUUUUGCAGUGCAUUAAGCACUUUACGAGAAGAAAAUGUCCGAGUUGGAAAUCAACGCGAAGGCUUUGGAGGAUAUCCGGCGCACGACGGAGAAGGAAUUCACGGUGAAAUACGAACAGCUAAGGAAGUUGAAGGACGAAACCGAGGUGAAAGAGCACGAGUUGCAGCUGAAACAAGAGCUUUUGGAGUUGAAAGAGCAUAUCAACAGGAAAAAAAUCCUCUGCCACUGCCCCCGGAGAAGCGGUAGUACAUGUGUACACGUACUACUAGCUCUUGUGCCGUAUCUGCAUGGCAAAUACACUUCUUUCCUGCAAUGUUGAUCCUGUUCAACAUGACAAGAACCUCACGAAGUUCUUGGGCGCGAUGAAAUUUGAAUUUGUGAUGCAUUUUGUAGUACAGCGCUGUUUUUGAUGUACGGAAUAAUAAACGGAGGUAAAGGUAUUGGAAAAUUUUUCGUGUCGAUAGAGCAAGACUUCGAGAAACAAGCAAAGGCCCUGGCGCUGCGCGGGAGCGAGCUGCUGUUGCACAGCCAACAGAUCUGCGAUCAUUCGACCCAGCAGUACAAAAAUAAUCUUCACACCAGCAGUUCGAAGAGCGCAGAAAAGCUGCGGCGCGCAGGCGCCGGCGGGGUAGAAGUUUCUAGCAGCAGUAGUAGUAGUGGUGCUGCAGCUGCUUCUGCUUCAUCUACAAAUGAGAAAUCAUCUUCCAAAACAAGUUCCACCUCUACCUGUCCGCCCCCCUUGCGGAUGAACACCGCAGGAGGAGGUCCUGUUGGGACGAACGGCGGCGAGAUCAGUGCGCGAACUACAACUACAAAUCAAGAGGACAAGGACCUGCAAAUCCAGCAGCUGCAAGCGGAGUUGUUGAAGCAGCAGGAGCAACACGAGCAGGAGAAGGAUGAGGAGAAGAGGCGCUAUAAACUGCAGCUGAAAAUCGCUGUGGAGCACACCCUAUCCUGUGCAAAAGUAUCUUACUCGUAGUAAUCGCAGUCGUGCAUUACAAAUCUUAAGGCAAAUCCGCAUUACAAAUUCCAUUUCAGAUGCUGAGAAUAUUUGAAAUGCGAUUUCUACUAGUGCGAUGCUUUUGCAUUUCAUACACCCGGGCCAAGAUGGAGCGCAGGUGCAGCCGGCGGGCCGCGAUAUUGAGCGAAAAUUCGACGUACGAGGCAGGUGCAGAAGUUUCUUCAGGCGGAAAUAAUACUAGUAACAGCGUGCUCCUGAAUGCUGCAGCAGCAACUUCUACCUCCAAUAGCCAAUUACUGCUGGACACCAGCCGCACGACAAACAGUUGCCUGCAUUCCAAUCUCGGCUCCUGUUUGUCGGAAAAAAACUCAAUUUCCUUGCAAGAGGAAUAUAACAUCAACAGUCAAGAACGCACGGCCGCAACGAGCAAGAACCACCACCAACACCACCAACAAGGUCAUCAAGAGCAUCCGGAGGAAAUCAAGCGGGAAUUAGUCGCCGCUUCUCGGGAGGUGAUGCGGAGUCUGAACGGAGAGGCUGGAACUGGUUCUUCACAAGAAGAAGGCGCCGGGAUGAACCACGGUCAACACGACGAUCAUCCAGCCGCGGCUGAACACGAUCAAGAAGAAGAACCAUCCGACACGAGGCCCGUCAAGCCUGCUUGGUGCAAGAAACACCUUCUCGCCGCCGCAGGUGCGCAAGCAGCUUCUUCGCGUGAAAUAGUAGAUCCGUCGCAUUUCUUGCAACUGCCACCCUCGGAGAACAGCACUCGGGCCAGCUCGAAGGAGCAACAGCAAGAGAUAAGUCAGAGCACAAUUUCGAGCAAAAUUUUUAUCCAAGAGCCUUCUGCUGGAGUUGUCAACUUGAACAAGAAUCAGCAAACAACAAGUGGAUCUUCAAUAAACAACUCCUACGACGAAACGUGGCAAAUGAAUCCGAUUAUCCUCUGCAAAAGUUGUUGUAUCGUGCUAGUUAAAAUUGCAGGACUGCAUUGCAAAUUUCUUCCUCAUGUCUGAUCACCAUCACGCAUAACAAAGAACUCGUCUGCGUCUCUCAGGUACUGUGGGUUCAAAAACUUAUUUGUGAUGCAAGUUAUUCUUUAGUAGAAGCGAUACAACUUUCAUUAUUGCGAUGUAUACCGAAAUUUGAGAAGCAAAUCCAAGCGCUGAACCAAUUGGAGCAGAAAGGAGAGACGAAGCACAUGAUGCACCAGCUAGUAGGAGGAGCUACAACUACGACCACUAGUAUUAGCAAGGACGAGUCUAUUUCUGGUUCCUCAUCAUCUGCGAAGACGAUGAGGAUAAAUCGAAAUCGUUUCGCUUUCGACGAAGAUCUGCUGACAUGAAAAAAGUGGUUUUAUUGUCAGGAGUCCUGACAGGGCAAGGACUAGAUCUAGAACUAGUACAACGACAUCAAGAUGAAGAUGAAAUCCGGUUCUUGUACUAGAAGGCCCCGGUCGUCAAGAUUGCACCUCGUCCCGGAGGAAUCAUUAGAGGGAAGGACGUGAGGUGGAACUUCAAAACUAAAGAUACUAAGUAAGACGGUGCUACCUACAUUUGUCUGAGUCCGCUCCCGUUGUAUUCUUCACGAGCAUGAAGACCGUGCUUUUGUCAGGCAGCUUUAUGUAAAAUGAUUGUACGACAAGCUCGCAGGAUCUGUUGAAUUAUAUGCCCAUAAUUUACUGACAUUCUAGAACAACUCAAAAGCGUCGUGCUCAUCAUCUGACAUAGUAUCCCAUUGUAAGAUUGUGCUGCUCGAACUUAGAGUUACAUAAACGAAGUACUACUCGAUUGUAAUUAAAACAACAUUUGAACAGAGACAGGCAAACUUAAACUUUAUCCGUUCCCGACACGACAAUUUGUUUCUAUCACAACAUCCUCGUACCAUGACAACAC